GGAUUACUGUGGCAAUGGGAAGGACCCAAUAAGCUAGAAGCAGGCACCAGCACGUUCCUCAUGGACAUCUCGCCCUAAGCCUCUAACCAUUGGCUAGUACCCUAUCGGUGGGUGGGUAGAUUCGGCGGGUUGAGGUUGUGAUUGGAGACACCCGUGCAUAAAGGUGCGGAGUUCUCUUGAGUAUUGGUCAGCUUAUACAUCUCGGUCCCAAGAUGUCAUUGUCAUAUUUGCCGGGUACGGCGUCCUUGUUGGAAGAGUUGGACAAGCGAUUGUUGGUGGUUCUGCGGGAUGGACGGACGCUGAUCGGAUAUCUGCGAUCCGUGGAUCAAUUCGCCAAUUUGGUAUUGCAUAGGUGCAUUGAACGCAUUCACGUGGGUCGCGAGUACGGCGACAUCCCAAGAGGCGUGUUCGUGGUACGAGGCGAGAACGUGGUCUUGUUAGGCGAGAUUGACGCCGAGCAAGAGGCCCAAAGUCCCCUCAAAGAAGUCAGUUUGGAAGAGAUUCUGGAGGCUCAAUCGCGCCAACAAGCUGACAAGGACGAAAAAGAGCGCAUCCGAGCCAAGGUUUUCAAAGAACGCGGACUGGCCUACACCGGCGAAGUCACCUGUGACGAUAACUAUUGAAUCCUCCUCACCAUUCUCACACUCCUCCUCAUCCCCAUUAUUGAUCCACCCUUAUAUACAAUACACGGCCUUUUCAAUCGUU